AUGACUUCAUCCUGUGCAGCUUUGAAGUGGCACGGAUCUUCAGUCUGGCACCAAUAUGAGCUCCAACAAGGUGUUACAAGUACAUGUAGUGGAAGAGACAAAGAUCUUCCUUCUCUAUAUGACAAACUCGUCAUAAGUUGGUCUCAACAAGGUAUAGCUCAUAGUCCGAAAGCUAUAGUUUCUCAGACUCGCCCAUCCUCUUCUCAAGCUCAAUCUUACCCUCAUGGUAGAAAGUUGAAGAUUAAACCUGUAUUUCCAGUAACCAAACGACGUAAGGAUAACCCUGUGAUCUCUCGACCUAUCACUUCAACAUCUCUGACAUCAGAACUUGGAAGGAAAGCCAAGAUAUACUCUUCGAAAGUACUCGGUGGCUUUCACGCUGCUCUAGAAAUACUUUCGAGUGAAGGAUCAUCUUCGUCUGGAACUCCGAGAGAAUCUCUUAUAACUCUUCCAAACAAUCGGAAACCCUCCGGUAUCACCACUGCUCUCGACCCGAUUUCAGUCCCACCACCGAGAUCACCAACCAAGCCUCCACCCGAAAAACAAUUGAUUGAGAAGAGGAAAAGGGUGAGCAACAAUGGGGAAAAUAAAUUGCGGACGCGUGAGAAGGCAGUUGCCGAACGAGUGGAAAUGUGGGCAAAGUAUGCACCUAAUGUUGAUCAGUGUCGGAUGCCAGUAUUGGUUCAGAAUAUGUAUGAUCAGCAUGAAGUCGACCGCAAGGAUAAGAGUGUAACUCUAAGCCCAUGUGGCAGUACUCGGCUGUUAGAUCCUAAAACCCCACUGUUGUCAGCUAUCAAAAAAUACGAGUCGGAAAACCCACCAAAAGACAGAAGAUUUCCGUUCCAAGUACCAUGUUCCCUCUCCAAAGCUGGUCAGCGCCUCGGCCCCCCUAAGAGUUGGGUAAUGGGCUUCAAACUGUAUGAAUCAGGAGGAUGGGGGAAGAAGUGA